CUCAUCAUUGGUUGCAUAAUUGGGUAUGGUUCAAGGUAUGGGUAGUACGGUUUCCUCCACGAGCACCUCCAUGCCCAUGAUGUCCAGCUGCAAUGAGGCCUCCAGCAGCAGCACCUCCAGCAGCACCGACACCGACAUUAGAGCCACCUCCACGGCUACCGGAACCACGGCUACCUGAGCCACGGCUACCUGAGCCACGGCUGCCUGAGCUACUGCUACGGCCACCCGAGCUGUGGCCACCUAGACGCUUGGCCAACUGGGUCAAUGUGCCCAAAUCCAUGGCUUCUUCAGAGCCAUCGCCAGAGUGGAUACUGGCAGCUUCAGCAACCCACAAAACGCAUAGAAAAGUUAGAAUAUUGUAUCUCAUAAUAGAUAGAUAGAAGAUGAUGAUGAUGAUGAUGAGGCUGCAAUGGUGCCAGCAGGCGGUCUAUAUAUACUGGUGUCUGCAUCAUCACGUCUGAUCGAUGAACAUUGUUGACGGGGCGCUGCCCGGUCCGCUGCAUGGGGUUUGUGCAGGAUGCAGGUGUCAUAACCGGCCUGCGGCUG